AACAGAACGCCGCUUUAAACGGUUGUGUGCACACAUUAUAUAAAAGAAAGUUACUUCCAAAAAUUUUACGUGAAUUUAAGAAUUAUCUGAAGACGUGACUGUGAAUUAAAAAAGAUAGAAAUUUGAAUAAAACAAAAACAUUUAAAGACACUUCAAGAAGUGAAGAUUUAAAGUGUAGAAAAGUUCUAGAAAUCAUUUUAUUUUUUAAACAAGUUAAGCUAAAACUGCUAAAAAAAAACCAAAGUGAGUCUGCUCGAAAAUUAAAUAAAAAUCAUAAGAUUUUCAAACUAAUCAACAAAAUGGCUCACGCUUUCUACGUACCGAAUCAAGCAGAUUUAUUGCGGCGCGUCUAUCUGCGGGAACGACGGCUGCAAGAACCCCGGCAACAAAAUGACUGUCUAAACAACUGGCUGCUUAUGUUGACGAUAUUUUUUGAAUUAUUGCGUCUAUUUGUGCAAUAUGAGCGACAACUUAUGGGCAGCUGCCGUCCAACGAGACUACUAUAAUGGCAAUCAAAUCACAAACACUCCAAAAUCAAUAGAAAAAACCAAAUAAUUUGAAUACAAAGCAUUACAUAGAGUCAUUACAUCAAGUACUUAAGGUAUUUCAACAGCAAAAGAAAGUAAUUUCACAACUAAUGAGCAAAACCGUCGAAGAUCUCAGACACGAACUAGCAGCGUACAAGUCGCUAACUGCAGCGUCAUCCACCUGUCGCCGGUAGGCGGCUCACGGACAAAAUACAACAAAAACCACAAGCGUUUUAAAUUCACACUUCUCGAGGCUGUCGCGCUAUGAGUAAUACCACAAGCACGAGCAGAAAACCCGUUAAAUUGAGGUCAAUAACUGCCGUGCGUGAGCAAAGCAGCACAAAAGAAAAAAAUUAAGCAAAUUAUUAUUCAGU